AUGUCCACUGCUGAACUUGCUCAAGCUGCUCAACAGGCCCAUACCCUCACUCCCAGGUUCUUGGAGGAUGUUAGGGUGACCGAUUCAUUGCUCCCAGUCACAGUCCCAACUCCCCCAUUGCCAGUACCGACAGCUUCAUCAUCACUCCCAGCCCCAACAAAACCAACGCAUCAGGCAAAAUCAACCGAUCCUGUGCCAGCAGCUGAAACGAAGUCCAAGAGUAAGACAAAGUCUGGGCAAAGGAAACCCGAGGCUGGGUCAAGCACCCAGCCACGAUCAAAGGUGACUCCUAACGACACCACUGCCCCAGUCCAAAGCAAAAAAAGAAAAGGGGACUUGAUCGAAGCCAGGCCAAAGAAGACCAGAGUUCCCCAUUUCUCCCACAUGACACCCAGUGCCGGUCUCAGUCUCAUCCAAAGGCCCAAGUUAGACCCCGACGCCGGUCCUCCCAAGACCGCCAUGGCCGCUUUAAGGCAAGCCAAAACUGCCAAACGUCUUGCAAAUCAGAAUGCCGCGAUUCCGAAAGGCAAUUAUCAGCUCACGACUAUACCCUGUGAGGCCUGCAGCAAACGCAUGGAUCGAGAAACUGUUCCAUGCACUAUCCAUCGCCCCCCACAACAAGGAUCCUGCUUCACCUGCAGUACGGGUAAGACGACCUGCACAUAUGCAGUAACCAAGAAAAAGGACACCGACAGUGAGGUUGAAGAUGAGAUCCAAAAGGGGUUGCAGGAUCUUGAAACGGCCACAGUCUCCGGGGGAGAUGCCCAAGUGAAGAUCGUGAGGAAGAAAGCGAGGUCAAAGAAGCCGCAGGUGAAGAAGGUUAAGCAGGAUGUCAAAGAGAAGGGCAAGCAGGAUGUCGAAAUGGCUGCAGUCGGGCAUGAUGCAGAGCAUGCGAUUGACGUGGACAUGGAGGUUGGUCUGACAAUGGGAAAGGGGAAGUCCGAGGGUGGUAUCAACAUAGAGAUGGCUGAAGUCAAACAUGAGGAAACCGAGGUCGGUGCCAUUCCAAAAGCCAAUACUUUACCCUCCCCGGGUUAUUCCAUAUGGACUGGAUGGAAUCCAUACUUCCCCCAGACUUAUCUAAGUCCACAUCAUCAGUUCUACAGGAGAAUUUAA